GGCCCCCUCCCCGGGCCUCAGCGGACAACAGCCGCGGGAACCCCCGGGCCUCCUCGCGGCCGAGCCUGAGCGACCCCCAGCUUCUCCGGCGCCCUCUCCCUUCGCCCUCUUUUUUCCCGACCCUCGCCGCCGCUACCGCUUCAGCUCUCCGUUAUGGCAACGGAGCCACCAUCCCCGCUCCGGCUCGAGGCGCCCGGCCCCCCAGAAAUGAGGACCCCACCGGCGAGCGAGGCCGUCUCUGAGAGCACCCCGAAGCCGGCGGGCGGCAGGCUCCGCUUCCUCAACGGCUGUGUGCCCCUCUCGCAUCAGGUGGCCGGACACAUGUACGGGAAGGACAAAGUGGGUAUAUUGCAACAUCCAGAUGGCACAGUUUUGAAACAGUUACAGCCACCUCCAAGGGGUCCAAGAGAGCUAGAAUUCUAUAAUAUGGUAAGUCAGUACAUAGAGAUAGAUAUGGUUCCUCCAUCUUGUUACAUCAUCAUGAACACUGCCCUCACUGUCACUGUGCCAGAUUUAUACCUGAAACUGGAAGAUGUGACCCAUAAAUUUAAUAAGCCCUGUAUAAUGGAUGUAAAGAUAGGGCGGAAAAGCUAUGAUCCUUUUGCUUCAUCUGAGAAGAUUCAGCAACAGGUCAGCAAGUACCCAUUAAUGGAAGAGAUUGGGUUCUUGGUGCUUGGCAUGAGGGUUUAUCAUAUUCAUUCUGAUAGCUAUGAGACACAAAACCAGCACUAUGGAAGAAGCCUAACAAAAGAAACUCUAAAGGAUGGGAUUUCCAGAUUUUUUCAUAAUGGAUUCUGCUUAAGAAAAGAUGCUGUUGCUGCCAGUAUUCAUAAGAUUGAGAGUAUUCUGCAGUGGUUUGAAACCCAGAAGCAGCUUAACUUUUAUGCAAGUUCAUUAUUGUUUGUUUAUGAAGGUUCAUCUCAGCCAACUACUACAAAAUCGAAUGACAGAACUUUGGCAGAAAAAUUUUUGUCCAAAGGACAACUCUCAGACACAGAUGUACUGGAGUACAAUAAUAACUUUCGAAUGUUAAGCUCCACUGCAAAUGGAAAAAUAGAGGCUUCAGCAGGUAAAAGCUGGUCCAAGAUGUAUGCUCGUCACAGAAAAAUGUAUUCAAAAAAGCAUCACAGUCAGACUUCAUUGAAAGUUGAAAAUAUAGAGCAAGACAAUGGGUGGAAAAGCUUGUCACAGGAACAUUUAAACGGAAAUGUACUUUCCCAGCUGGAAAAAGUUUUCUACCAUCUUCCCACUGGUUGCCAAGAGAUUGCAGAAGUAGAAGUACGAAUGAUAGAUUUUGCUCAUGUUUUCCCUAGCAACACAGUAGAUGAGGGAUAUGUUUAUGGGCUGAAGCAUUUAAUUACUGUACUGCAGAGUAUUUUAGACAAUUGAAUCCUUUGCUACAGCCUUUUUAAAGGAUGGGGCAAUCAUAGUGAAGAGCAGCAAUCAAUAUCUCUGCACUUGUAAUGCUAUGUAAAAAAUUUGUAUUGUGAGUCUACAUUUUAUUUGUCUUUAUACUUUUGGUAGAAGGGUUAACUUUUUUAUAAUCUUACUCAGGAAAACUAAUUAUUUGUUCAUUAGAAAACUAUGAAGAAUAAAGAAACUUCGGAAUGUUAAGCAGGGAAUGUGGUGGUACCUGGUUUAAACAUCAAUUUGGCUCAAGCAAAAUGCAAACCAUUAUUCAUUAUUAAGAGUUUAGUUUUUUGUAGCCAGUUUAUCAUGAAAUCUCUGUCCACCCGUAACCUUGACAAUGAGCCAUAUCUAAACUCAUUACAUUAUGAGAAUACUUUAAAAAAUCUAGAAAGCACAGGUUAAUGUCCUUAGUAGUGCUAUAUGAAGUUAUUAAAACUGGAGAAAAUUCUACUUCAGAAAUAAGUACUGUUUAGGUUUUAUAUUAAAAGUUCAGACCAGCAUAUCAAAAGGUGCUUCUUAGUGAAAUGAUUUUGAUUUAUUGCAUUCCGAAAGCAGAUUUUCCCUUUAAUUUUCAUUUAUAUUCAUAUUUCAAAAUAUUAUAAUUCAUGAAAAAGAUAAU